AGAAAAUGUUUACUAUUCGAAAUAUUUUUGCGUUUUUUCCUUUGCUAACUGGGCUGGCGAUAGCGGCGAAUUCGCAACAGUUGCAAGAAAUAGCCGCCACCGACAGACCCGUAUGCUCGGAGCGAUGUAAUUUUGCUUUCCGAUGUGAUCCUUACUAUAGCGGCCCACCGGUGUGGACGAUAAUAGACGGCGUUUGCAAACUUUUCAAGACAGACUGUCUAUUUGCCAGCACAAAUUGCCACCGUCAGAAUAGCUGCUUACCAAAAUUGACAAUAACUUCGCAACAAAUCUGUCAGACAAAGUGCAUGGAUGCGUGUGAGCAAGCGCCUAUAAAACCGGUGUGUGGUGUUUUUCCCUAUGUGACGGUAAAUGGGGAUCGAAACGACGGUAUGAUCACCUUCAAAAAUCAGUGUGAAUUGGACAAAUGGUCAUGCUGGAAUUCGAAAGCAUACAUCUCAGUGAGCGAAGGUACCUGCUUUUGAAAAACCAAUAUUUGAUUGUGGAAUUAAAUAGAGCCAAAUUGAUAGGUCAAUAAAUUACAUGUUUAUAUGCUCUACAGUGAAGUGAUUUGAUUUCAACGAAACAACGAUUUAUUUUAUAUUUACUCCGAAGAAGAUAAAAGAACUUUAUUUAUUGUUUAUUGAAAUGACAAAACCGAAACAAUGUAACUGGUUUUUUGUGUAUUUCCAUUCAUUAGGCGAUAGCUUGCAUAUUCUUAUAUUUAU